AGCAAGUCUCAGUUUUUAAAACAUAUCUCUAUUUUCUCCACUUUGGCUUAUUCAAAUAUAUAUACCAGGAAUUUUUCACAGUCGUGAAAAACCAGGUUAUGAGCCAUUAAUAGUCUUAGGCUCUAUGCUGGUUUUGGGGCUCAGCAGUUUUGUCUGGACCCUGUGGCCAGACCGUGAACAACAACCCCUAGAAAAAAAAUGGAGAACAGCGGCUGCAUCCCUCUCUGCUGGAGCAAGGGGGCCUGCACCUAUGCUCAGCACCCCUUACCAAAAUAUGACGCCCAGUUAGCCCCAGCAGGAGGAUCCGAGUCCAGCAUGGCGUCGUCUUCCUACUUGGAGCCCAACCACAAUCACUCCGCAGCGAGUGGUUGUGGGGUUAAAUCCCGCUCUGGGAUGCCUGGUGGUACUGGGGUUGGGACCAGCGGUUCUGCUGGAGGCCUUGAGCGACCCCCAGGCUCCAUGGACCGGGUUCUGAAGAUCUUCCAUUAUUUUGAGACAAACAGUGAACCAUGUACCUGGGCUAGUAAUAUCAGACACGGAGAUGCUACAGAUGUCAGGGGUGUUAUCCAGAAGAUAGCAGAGAUCCACAAAUUGCGCUGUGUGUCAUCUCUGGGCCUCCGUCUGACCCAUCUGCACUCUGAUGCACUCCAUUGGUUACACCCCGAUUUGGGCGUGUCUCACGUCAGGGAGAAAUAUGAGAAACAGCACCCCCAGGAGGAGUGGAGGUAUGAGUUGCGGAUGCGGUACCUCCCUAAAGGCUACCUCAGCCAUUUUUCUGAAGAUAAACCCUCUCUCAACUACCUCUAUCACCAGGUCAAGAGUGACUACAUGCAACAUAUAGCCGAUCAGGUGGAUCAAGAUGUUGCUUUGAAACUGGGCUGUUUGGAAAUUAGGAGGUUCUUCAGAGAGAUGCCAGGAAACGCCUUGGAUAAAAAAUCCAAUUAUGAACUACUAGAGAAGGAUGUUGGUUUGAGAAGGUUCUUCCCCAAAAGCCUGCUGGACUCCCUCAAGGCAAAGACUCUUCGUAAGCAGAUUCAGCAGACCUUUAAACAGUUUGCUAACCUCAAUGAUGAGCAGAGCAUCCAUAAGUUCUUUGAGAUUCUCUCUCCCAUCUAUCGCUUCGACAAAGAGUGCUUCAAAUGUGCUUUGGGGUCUAGUUGGGUAAUUUCGGUAGAGUUAGCUAUCGGACCAGAGGAAGGAAUCAGCUACCUCACAGAUAAGGGCUCGAUGCCUACACACUUAGCUAACUUUAACCAGGUUCAGUCCAUCCAGUACUCUCCUUUGGAAGAGAAGGACAGGAAAGGCAUGCUGCAGCUCAACGUAGCAGGAGCUCCGGAGCCCCUCACAGUCACCACGGCACUGCUGACCACGGCAGAAAACAUGGCUGAUUUGAUUGACGGCUACUGUCGACUCGUCUCCUCAGCUACUCGCUCUUUCAUUGUCAGAAUCCACAAAGAGGGGGACAGAGCUCUGCCUUCCAUCCCAAAAGUUUCAAAUCAUGAGAGGAGGAUGGAAAAACGGAUGGACGGAGUACGGACCAGAGCCGUUUGUGUCUCAGGUCACACGAGUGGCGAUGAAACAGACGACUAUGCUGAGAUCAUAGAUGAGGAGGACACUUAUACCAUGCCUUCAACAAGGGACUAUGAGAUUCAGCGGGAUCGUAUUGAGUUGGGACGCUGCAUAGGUGAGGGUCAGUUUGGAGACGUCCACCAAGGGGUCUACAUCAGCCCGGAUAACCCAGCCCUGUCUGUGGCAGUGAAGACGUGUAAGAACUCAACGUCGGACAGCGUCAGGGAAAAGUUUCUCCAGGAAGCACUGACCAUGCGUCAGUUUGAUCACCCCCACAUUGUGAAACUGAUGGGUGUCAUCACUGAGAAUCCUGUCUGGAUCAUCAUGGAGCUCUGCACGCUUGGAGAGUUACGGUCAUUUCUCCAGGUGAGGAAGUACAGUCUAGACUUGGCCAGUCUCAUCUUGUACUCGUACCAGCUCAGCACAGCACUGGCAUACCUGGAGAGCAAGCGCUUUGUACACAGGGAUAUCGCAGCGCGGAACGUCCUGGUGUCAACAGUUGACUGUGUGAAGCUGGGGGACUUUGGUUUGUCACGAUACAUGGAAGAUAGCUCUUAUUACAAAGCAUCUAAAGGUAAACUUCCUAUUAAAUGGAUGGCUCCAGAAUCCAUCAACUUUAGAAGAUUUACCACAGCCAGUGACGUCUGGAUGUUUGGCGUCUGUAUGUGGGAGAUCCUCAUGUUCGGCAUCAAGCCUUUCCAGGGUGUGAAGAACAACGAUGUCAUUGGCAGGAUAGAGAACGGCGAGCGACUGGCUAUGCCCCCUCAAUGCCCGCCCACUCUCUACAGCUUGAUGACUAAGUGUUGGUCGUAUGAUCCCAGCAAGAGGCCACGCUUCACUGAACUCAAAACGCAACUGAGCACGAUAUUAGAGGAGGAGAAGCUCCAGCAGAAGGAGAGGAGCAGGAUGGAGAUGAGGAGACAGGUCACUGUUUCUUGGGACUCCGGAGGGCCUGAUGAAGCGCCGCCGAAACCCAGCCGUCGUCCCUCCCUGCAGCCCACCUUCAGUCUGGAUUGUCUGUCUGCUCCUUCUCCUCAUCACCAUUGCCAUCCAAACCAACGCUUUGCCUCACAGCUUUCCCUCUGCCUUGGAAAUCCUCACAAUUCGCCCCCCUGCACCUCUUCUCACCUGCACACUCCUCCACUCUACUCAUCAUCUCUGCAGUUCCCCCAUCACUUUUCCUCUUCUACCGAUCCUCAACUGCAAUCGCCUCACUUUCAAAACACCACUUGCUACAGUCACGACGCCAAGUUGAUUCCUGAAUCCAAAUCUCAUCCCAGUUUGCCUCCCCAGUCUCGUGCUAACCUCUGUUUUCCACCUCGCACCAGUUCAGACACCUUGUCCGAUGGCAGCUGCGCCCACAAGAUAAAUAGCCUCACUAACGGCCACCUGCUCUGUUCAUCCCAGUCAAAGUCAAACAACUCACACUCCCAUCCCUGGCAUGUCUCAACACUCCUUUCCCAAUCCAGUCCUAAUCUUAUCUCUCUGCCCCACAGCAUGUCAGAUGUUUGUCCCCACACCCUCCAAAACAUCCAGCCCAUGUCAAAUUCUAAUCCUAAAUCCCUGCUGUGGCCCAGCUUUCACCCUAGCUGCCAAACUAAUCCCUGUACUCCACUACAACCUGACUCUGACCCCCAGCGCCAACACCCUGCUGAGCAGACAUGUGGGAGGCCCCAGCUGGUGUCUCCUUCCCCACUCAGUCUUCCACACACAGAGAAAGUCCUCCCAGUCCCCUCCGCCUGUACUCUGUCUUCCACUAAUCACCAUCCACCCAGUCGACUGCCAGGCCUUCCUGUAACUACCCCUCCACCUUUUCCCAUCCUCUGCUCCCAAAGACCCAUGUUUAAGGCAGGUGGUCCAAGCAGACCAGGUUAUCCCAGUCCUCGCUCCAGUGAAGGAUUUUACCCCAGUUCCCAACAUCCUGCGCACUACCAGAUGGCAGGAUACCCCGGGCCUCACACCCUCCCCUCGGUGCCCAGCGCCCUGUACCCCCCACAGGCUGCGAUGCUGGACACACACCACGCGCACACACACCCUCGUCACCACGUCCACACACACUUGCACACGCAGCACCUUCCCCAGCCACAUGGACACGACAUGGGACUGUGGGGCUCUGCAGUGGAGGACAGGGCAGUAGACAUGCAGCAGUGUGUGUUAAUGGAGGAACAGCUGAUGAUACAGCAACAGCAGAUGGAGGAGGACCAGAGGUGGCUGGAGCAGGAGGAAAGGCUGCUGAAACCAGACUCUAGAGGUUCUAGAGGGAGUCUGGACAGAGAAGAGGGUGGACUCCAAGCUCCAACAGGAAACCAGCACAUAUACCAGCCCGUUGGCAAACCAGAGCAUGCAGCUCCCCCGAAGAAACCCCCUCGACCCGGGGCCCAGAGCCAAGUGGGCAGUCUGGCCUGUCUAAAUACUGGAGACAGUUACAAUGAUGGAGUCAAGCCCUGGCGGCUGCAGCCCCAGGAGAUAAGCCCGCCCCCCACCGCCAACCUGGACCGCUCCAACGACAAGGUGUACGAGAACGUGACGGGAUUGGUCAAAGCUGUGAUCGAGAUGUCGAGCAAGAUUCAGCCGGCUCCUCCAGAAGAAUACGUUCCCAUGGUGAAGGAUGUGGGUCUGGCACUGAGGACGUUGUUGGCCACAGUGGACGAGACUCUACCACAACUCCCAGCCAGUACACACAGAGAGAUUGAGAUGGCACAGAAACUCCUGAACUCUGACUUAGCAGAGCUGAUUGGAAAGAUGAAGUUAGCCCAACAAUAUGUUAUGACCAGUCUCCAACAGGACUAUAAGAAGCAGAUGUUGACAGCAGCUCAUGCUCUUGCAGUCGAUGCCAAGAACCUCCUGGAUGUCAUCGACCAAUCACGGCUCAAGAUGAUGGCCCACUCCCGCCCACAUUAGCCCCACCUCAGCCGGGCUGACCAACAGGAGCUGGUCUGGGACUUGAGAGAUGGCAUCAUCAUGGUUACUGUUGGCAGUGGAGAACUAAAGACUGCUGGGUUAGUGACGGCACUCGUGAUAUGUGAGAAUUGUUGAAGCUGACUGCUUUACAUCAACAGCUCUGAUGCUUUGACAAGACUCUGUGAAGCAUCAUUAGAUGUUGAUUCCUGUGUGAGGUCCAGUAGUGCGUUUGUCUGGGAUAAAUCAAAAUCUCCACCACUGUGACUUUCAUAAUACAAGAACAGAGCAAAAACACUUUGUGAAUCAGGGACUUGGCAGCUUCACUCUCUUUGGACUGGUGGAGGGAAAAGUGAAGGGGAAGAGUGAUUGCUAUGGGGGACUAUGGGUCUGAACCUGAAAAAAUAUCAUGGGAGCAAUUGGAUCUGGACUUGACGUCUGGUGGAUUAGUCUGAGUGGAUUACAAAUCUCAAGCAAAGCCAUCAGAACCUGACUGGAUUGCGUUUGGUCUGCCACAUAUCUGCAUGAAGCUUCACCGCAGGAAUGGACUUGGACAUCAGCCGACAGCCAUGUCGGUACAUUUGUUGAUAUCAUGUGUUUGGGCCCCUUGAUGUGAACCUUCUCCUCAGCUGAAAUACCUCCACUUGGCCACAGAUUUUCUUUUGAAUGGGCAGAUAAAACCAUGUGUUUCGUCUUCAGCUGUGGUCCUUUAAGCGGAUACUUCAACAAGGAAAUUCACAUUAAAGAUGGUUUGGUUUGCAGAAACAACCUCCCAACCCUCCAUUGCUCCUCCCGUUUCUCUCUUCCAUCCAUUUCCGUCUUCCCUCCGUUUCACCACGUUUUAUUUAUAGACUCACAAAUUGCAAAGGAGGAGACGGAGGGGGUGGCGGGAAGGACAUAUUAAACCUUGAGGACAGUUUAGCGCCGGUCUGCUGCCUGAAGAAAGAACACACUAUCUUCCUCUUUCCUCUCUAUUUCACUCACUUUUCUUUGCUUUUGUUCUCACUGUCUCUCCCUCCUGAAGUCUUCCUCAGCUCAUCUCUGAGAAGGUUUUAAAGACUCCAAAUGUGAAGAAUCCAACUCUGUUGAACUCUGGAUAAACGCCACAGACAAGAAACUCCCCAUUCGCACUCAAUUUAGUCUACUAUUUUUAUCGGCUGGCUCCAUGUUUUUUGUGUUGUUUUCAGCAGUCACAUUACUCUACACUAAUAUUCAGUCCCAGCAUUGACUCUAAUGAGUGCAAACUGAAAAAGAAAAUUUGAGGAUUCGGUCUGACUGGAUACUUCCUGUUUAUCUAGGAGGAAGAGGAAUCAUAAUGUCUCAGACUGGUCACUGAGCUUGACUUAACGUAUUGCUGUGAGGACAGUGUCUCCUUUCUUUCCCCGGUGUCGUUCAGUUGUUCCUCCUAAUGAGACUGGUGUCACACCUUAAACUGUCCCCUCACCCACCGGUGUCACAGUGUGAAUUCACCAGGGGUCACAAACAAACCUCAAAACUGGAACCUUUGUGCUCUGAGUCCCAGUUUCUGUCAGGUGUAACUCUUUAAAUAUGUCCUUCCUAACAGCAAGGAAACAAACGCACAUGAAAUGUGGAGUCCCAUGACUGGAACUCGCCUUGCAGACACAAAACACUGAACUGAAAACACAGCAGAUCACACAUUUUCUUUGUUAAUACUGACCCCACUUGGAGUAUGAUGUACUGCUAUAUGAAACAUACUGGUGACUGUACUGGUAUAGCAUGAUAUACUGGUACGGAGAAGAGCAUAUUUGCACAGCACCAAAAAAAAAUCCUUUUUUUAACCCUAUUUUACCUAGAUUUGAUUUCCAUGUUCAGCCAGCAAUGACACUAUCAAAUAUCUGGGUUUAAUGUGGAUAAAAAAGAAAAAAACUCAAAACAAAAUGAGACAAAAACAAUCACAAUCUAUUUUAUCUCCUUGUUGUUGUGUAAAUCUGCUCAUGUUGGUAUAUUGUAAGCUAUACUGGUGUGUAUCACUGGUAAAUUGUACAGAACUCGUACUAGUAAACACUGGUUUUUAUUUUGUCUUCUGGGCUAAAUCAGCCACCAUGUCAAAUAGGAGGAAAAAAACAAUGAAAUAAAAAAAUGAUGAAAUGGAAA